AUGGAUCUUGCCGAUAUCGGUGUAGAUCUUUGGAUAAGAUGCUUAGGAAACGAUUCUUUGCUACAGCGACUGUGGGAUUGCAUGAGGCUCAACUACAGAGACUAUUUGAGAUCUCCACUCUUCCCCAUUGUGCUGACUGUGUCUUCCUACUUUGUCUUGUGCAUUUAUUUUCUUGUUUGCGACAUCAUGGGAGAAAGGUGGCCAUGGGUGCAGCAAUUCAAGUUUCAACCAAGCCGUCGUCCUACAGCCUCUAAACUGCUGCACUGUGCAGGUGUCACCUUUUACAACCAUGCGUUUCCUGUGCUCCCAGCAUCGGUAGCCCAGUGGGUAUGGAGACCAGUGACCCUGCCAGACUGGGCUCCGUCCCUGCUUGAGCUUCUUGCUGGGGUGAUAAGCAACCUCCUGCUCUUUGACUUCCAGUAUUUCAUCUGGCACCUGCUCCACUACAAGAUCCGCUGGCUGUACGCCACUUUCUAUACCAUCCUUCAUAAUUACUCAUCUGCUUUUGCUUUGGCGGCUGGAGCUGCAUGGUCAGUGGGCUUUUGGACCAAUCCUCUGAUCCUGAGAUGUCACCUACUGAAUCACUGUGGCUAUGAUUUCCCCUGGUCCACAUCACGCCUGAUACCAUUUGGCAUCUAUGGAGGGCCCAGCGAACAUAAUGUACACCACAACACCAAUUUUGUGGAACAUUUAGGCCACUGGGAUCAAAUAUUUGGCACGCAUGUGAUUUCAGCUUCUCUACUGCUAUGA